GCCAGACCUGCUCCUGCUGCUGCUCAGGUAACCCAUCUUGCACUGGCACCACCAAGGAUAAAGGGAGAACACCUGGGUAAACCCUUCCUGAUCACCUAGAAGAUGAUGAGCUCAAGUUAUUGGAGCGAGACCAGCAGCAGCAGCUGUGGGACCCAGCAGCCCACAGAGGUGCUGCAGUGCCAGCCCCAGCAUUACCACUGCUACCAUCAGUCAAGCCAAGCCCAGCAGCCUCCAGAAAAAAAUGUAGUGUAUGAACGAGUGAGGACCUACAGUGGGCCCAUGAACAAGGUGGUGCAGGCCUUGGACCCUCUUGGCUCACGGGAAGUGCUCUCCCCACUCAAAGCCGCUUCCUCCUACCAAAACUUGGUUUGGAGCGACCAUUCACAGGAACUCCAUUCUCCAACUCUGAAAAUAUCUACUUGUACACCAAGCACUCUACACAUAACACAAAAUACUGAACAGGAACUCCAUUCUCCAACAGUGAAAGUUACAACAUACCCACAAACCACUAUUAGGAGAUACAUAGUACAAAACCCUGAACAGGAACCAAUAUCUCCUUUCCUGAGAGGAGGCCAUUUCUUCCCAGGAAACAAUGUAAUUUAUGAAAAAACAAUAAGAAAAGUGGAGAAACUAAAUACAGACCAGGAUUGUUGUCCUCAAAUUCAAUGCCAUCAUCACAUUGUCCAGCAACCACAGAUCAUCCACUCUACACAUUGUCAGCAGUCCCAUUCGAACCACAAAAUCCAAUGCAUCACAGAAAAUGAUUCAACUUCUGCAAAUAUUGGACAUGAACUGUGCCAUGGUGAGCCAAGCCAGGUACACGAACAGGUGAUAAUUGAGGAUGAUGGCCCUGAAAAAUUAGAUCCCAAAUAUUUUGGAGAGUUGCUUGCUGACCUGAGCCGUAAGAAUACUGAUCUAUAUCACUGCUUAUUAGAACAUUUGGAGCGAAUUGGAGGAAGCAAACAGGACUUUGAGUCUGCUGAUACAUCAGAAGAGAUUGAAUCAUUGAUUCCUAAAGGGUUGUCAGAGUUUACAAAACAGCAAAUCCGUUAUAUUCUGCAGAUGAGGGGUAUGUCUGAUAAGUCACUCCGCCUAGUGCUGUCCACAUUUAGCAACAUACGGGAGGAACUUGGACAUCUUCAAAAUGACUUGACAUCACUGGAAAAUGACAAGAUAAGACUUGAAAAGGACUUGGUAUUCAAAGAAAAUCAAAUAAAGGAGUAUGAAGAACUAUUGGCAUCGGUGAGAGCAAAUAAUCGCCAACAGCAACAAGGACUUCAAGAUUCAAGCUCAAAAUGUCAGGCAUUGGAAGAAAAUAACCUUUCUCUUCGGCACACACUAUCGGACAUGGAAUACAGACUAAAAGAGCUAGAAUACUGUAAACGUAAUUUAGAGCAAGAGAAUAAGAACCUUAGAAUACAGGUUUCUGAGACUUGCACAGGUCCGAUGCUACAAGCUAAGAUGGAUGAGAUUGGCAGUCACUACAUGGAGAUGGUAAAAAACUUGAGACUUGAGAAAGACAGAGAGAUCUCCAAGCUAAGGUCUCAAUUAAACCAGUACCAAAAAGAUGUUUCAAGAAGAGAAGGAAGUUGCAGUGACUUUCAAUUCAAGCUUCAUGAACUGACAAGUUUGCUGGAAGAGAAGGAUUCUCUUAUAAAGCGUCAGUCAGAGGAACUCUCAAAGUUAAGACAAGAAAUAUAUUCAUCUCAUAACCAAACCUCCAGUGGUGGAAGGACUACCAUUACCACAAAAAAGUACAGGACACAAUAUCCAAUCCUUGGCCUUCUGUAUGAUGACUAUGAAUAUAUACCACCAGGUAGUGAUACACAGACUAUUGUGAUUGAGAAAACCGAAGACAAAUGGACUUGUUAUAACUUUGAAGAUGUUCAAAUACAAAGACGUACUGGUCAUAACAAUAACUAUCUAGGAUCUGAUGUGUUAAAGCACAAUGUUCAGCAAGAUGGUAAAAAAGGACCAAACUUCCUUUAA